GUGCAGCCACAGGCGCUUCAAUCUUUAGUCCGAACGAAAAAUUUUUGGUAUCGGUUCGUGCACGCAAAAGUCAUUGCAUUAAUUACUCAAUAUUAAUUAUAAAGUUACGAUAGAUUAGAAGAAAAAAUUACGAGUAUUUUAAACUUAAAUUUAUAAAGGUUGUUACUAAAAAAGGCCAUACAAAAUGUCAGACCGUAAAGCUGUGAUCAAAAAUGCCGAUAUGUCGGAGGAAAUGCAACAAGAUGCCGUUGAUUGUGCAACUCAAGCACUAGAGAAAUACAAUAUCGAAAAGGAUAUUGCUGCAUUUAUAAAAAAAGAAUUCGAUAAAAAAUACAACCCCACGUGGCAUUGUAUUGUUGGACGUAAUUUUGGCAGCUACGUAACACAUGAAACAAGACAUUUCAUAUACUUUUACUUAGGUCAGGUAGCAAUUCUUCUAUUCAAGAGUGGAUAAGCUGGUUUCUUACUCUCUUAUCUUAAAUUAUAUUUCCCUAUCCUCUAUCAAUUUCGUAAUCAAUAAUAAAUUUUUCAAUUCAAAUUAAAUAUGUGAACUUAUAUAUAUAUAUUUAUAUAUAUAUACUGGUUGUAACCGAUAAAGAUAUAUAACAAAAAUCUAAUGAAUAUAUCAAAUAAUUUCCGAUAUUGUUAAUUCUCCGGAUAAUAAAGUUUUAAAUGCUAACUUAGAAAAAAAAAGUCUAAGGGUAUGAAAACUUACUAGAAAAAAAGACAUACUCCUUUACAUGAUGGAAUGUAUCGCGUAUGCCAAAAAAAAACUGUUGUGUUCUGUUUUAUAUUAGGUAUAUUUUAUAGUUAAGUUCAGUGCUGGCGGUUUUUACUCAAAGAAUUUAUGAGAAUGGAAAUUGACAUUUGAAUAUUAAUGUAAUGUACAAAUCGAUGUAUACUUAAAGAUCAAAAUUAAAUUGUAUCAUCUCUUGAAUGACAGAAAAACUUGUGAAUAAUAGUCGCCAAUAUUGAAUAUUAAUUUUCAUAUUUACGUUACCUAUAAUUUUAUAAAAAAAAAUAAUAAAAAUUAAAUCAUCUGUAUCUGUAUAACGUACAUUUUUUAUGCACGAUUAGUAUGCACUUGAAUAUCAAAAUUAAAAGCUAUAAAAGAAAUGAUAUAGUAAUAGCAUAACAAAAGAAUAUCUUAUUCAUUAAGAAAGUAAUGAAUCAAUCUAUAUGUGUUACCGCCACUAUACAUUAUAAGUAGCAAAAAUCUUACCAGCUUCUUAUCGUGAUAUAUUUGUAUAUUAAAACAAAAUUAAUUUUUUAAAUUUCAUUAUUUUUUUUCAAUAUUUUUCGCCAUACAUUAUUUUAUAGUAAAAAUAUUAAGUAUUACAGAGGUAUGAAUGCAAUAAUAUCAAUAUUAAUAUAAUUUUGCCGUUUCAAAAAUUAAAAACGUAUCAAAAAGUAAUAUAAAAAAUAUUUAAAUAAUUUUAUUACUUUGUUAGAUUUUAAAAAUAUAAAUAAACGUAAAUUCAUCUAAAUCUUUUUCUGUACUCAUAUAUAUUGUGUAAAAUUGGCUGGUUUAAUAAUACUUAUUAAAUAACCAUAAAAGAACUGGUUGCUGAAAUAAAUUAAUUGUUCUUUAAUCUGACAAAAACUUCUAAUUUACUAUUAAUUAAAUAAUACGAACAAUUCGUUAAAAUUAUUUACUGUUUAAUAAAAAAUAACUUUAGCAGAUAA